AUGAAUUGUUUAAGCAGGAGACUAAUACCAAAUCUUACCCUUAAUUUCCCUUCUAUCAAUCUCUCCUUUUACUCCAAACCCAUUUUCAUUCACCAAAAAGGGAAAUUGACUUCCAACACUGCCAUUACGUCCUCAAUAUAUUAUCCUCUUUCAGGGGUGGAGGAUGAUUUGGUGGGUUAUGUUUUUGGGAAGAAGAAGGCAACUGAAGUAGCCCAUUUGAUAUGGAAGCAUGUAGUUCGAAAUGGUGAUACUGUUAUAGAUGCUACUUGUGGAAAUGGUUAUGAUACCUUGGCCAUGCUGAAAUUGGUGGCCGAUGAAUCGGGUAGGGGUCAUGUUUAUGGGAUGGACAUACAGAGAGAUGCUUUAGAGAGUACUUCUUCUUUGCUGGAUGAGAGUGUCCCUUUGAAGGAGAAAGAAUCUGUGACGCUCUUUUCCAUCUGUCACAGUAGAAUGGAAGAAAUCGUUCCAGAAAAUAGCCCUGUGAGACUUGUUGCAUUCAACUUGGGGUACCUUCCAGGAGGUGACAAAAAGAUAACCACAAUUUCAGAAACAACACGACUGGCAUUGGAGGCUGCAAAGAAAAUAUUAAUUCCUGGAGGGCUGAUCAGCUUAGUUGUGUAUGUGGGGCAUCCUGGUGGCAUGGAAGAACUGGAGACUGUUGAAGCUUUUGCUUCUGGAUUAUCAGUUGAUAGUUGGAUCUGCUGCAAGUUCCAGAUAUUAAACCGACCUCUAGCUCCUGUGCUUGUUCUCUUAUCCAAAAGAGAGAUAGCUGAAACACAAUGA